AUGUCCUCUGCCCCGACCACCGCUGCUGCCGUAGUAUCCACCGGCGGCUACUCGGCCGGCGCGCAGAUCCCCUUCACCCAGACUUUUGUUCAAACCAACAGCGCAGGCUCCACUUUCACCACGGCGAUCGGCUUGGUGGGCCAGGUCCUCGACAAUGGUCACACCAACUGGGUCGGGUACAACCAAGGCAGCGCCGACUAUCUCUUGCAAACGUCUGCCCCCGGCGCAGAACACACGACACUGGCGAAUGGACAGAUCUUCUAUGUCUCGAGCGGCAAGGCACCGGCGGGUUACCUGGCAACUCCCACGGGACAGUCCAGCGACCACGGGUCGACUGGAACUUCCACUGGGCCAAGUGCGACCGGCUCCUCGAGCGAUUCCAGCCAGAUGCCCACGGCUAGUGGGACCUCUACAAGCGGCUCUGCGACCGACGGCUCUUCCUCGUCAACGGCCUCGGCGGCGACCACAUCGAGCACCAAGCCAUCCUCGGGGUACAAAUCAUCGCCUUCGCUCGUGUUGAGCGUCACUGUGGGCUUGUUGGCUAUUCUCGGCAUUGGUGCUCUCUACUGA